AUGGAGAAGAACUUCAACAGAAUGGCGUUGAACAAUGGCAGGUCGCCUCUGAGCAGAAUGCUCCAAGGCAGGAAUGGGACUCUCGCGAUCUUCCUGGUCGGCUGCACCAUCUUCUUUGGCUACCAAGCCAUAAUCGGAUGGACCAAAAAACCGACCUUUAAACAUGUCGACAUGAUUCCUCGCAAGAUCUGGCAAUCGUGGAAGGUGGACUCUCUCAGCUUCGAGGGUCGAGAUGCUGAGCGCGCACGAGCGUGGACGACGAAAAAUCCGCUCUGGCGGUAUGAAGUGCUGACAGACGGCAACGCAAUCUCUUACGUGGAGCACCACUUUGGCCCAAAUGGCUUCGAUCGACCAGAUAUCAUUUCCACCUACAAAGCGCUCGAUGGUAAUCGCAUCAUCCAGGCGGAUCUACUGCGCUACAUUAUCAUGUAUGCUGAAGGAGGCGUGUGGGCGGAUAUCGAUGCAGAGGCGAUCUUGUCGAUUGAUUACUUCAUUCCGAGUCGAUUCGCCGAGAAGGAUGUCAACAUAAUCGUGGGUAUCGAGACGGAUGAGCCUCAAUUCAAGGACCAUCCAAUUUUGGGUUCAAAGGCACAAUCUUUCGUUCAGUGGACAUUCCUCUGCAAGCCAGGCCAUCCCGCUAUGAUGCGAUUGAUCAACAAUAUCCUGAACUGGCUGAACAGACUCGCUGUGAAGCAGAACAGAGGCAUCUACGACCUUGUCCUGGACUUUGACGAGGUACUCAGCGGUACUGGACCUUCUGCGUUCACUGAAGCAAUCAUCGCCGAGAUCUCUGCCAUCACAGGAAAGAAGAUCGGCUGGGACACUUUCCACGAUAUGAGUGAAAGUACCUUGGUCGGAGGCAUCCUGGUUCUUCCCUCCGAAGCCUUUGCCGCAGGGACUGGUCACUCCAAGUCUGGUGUGCACUCCAGCAGUAGAGCAUUGGUCAAGCAUCACUUCCAUGCAUCUGACUGGACUUCCAAACACCCGCGACACAAACAUCCCAUCUACGGAGAGGUGGAGCGAUGCAACUGGAAUGUUGAAUGUGUUGAGCUGUGGGAUGCGAACACGGCUUUCUUCGACUCGUUGCCGGAGAAAGAGCAGAUGGAGAUGAUUGGCAUCAAGUAUGCUGAUGUGCACCUGUCGGAGGCUGGUCGCGGCUUGAAUGUUCCACAGAUGCCAUUCAAAGCUUGA